AUGCAACAACCCUUCACAAUAAAUCCGAAGUGCUUUGGGUAAUUUGUUAGGCCUAAACAUAAUAAUGAACAACAGGAAUAAAAAUAAAAGAAUGAAUAAUAAUAAUGUUUAUCUAAAAAUAUUAAUGACAACCCAUAGAUGUGGGUGAAAAAUAGAUCAAUCACAAUAUGUUCCAACACAUCUACUUUGCCUGAAACUUUGUCUACAUCUUAAUAGAUCUAAGAGUUGAAUUAAUCGAUUCAAGAAGUGAAAUAGGAAGAAAUUUUUUAUAAGACCAUGCCAACAUUAUUCUAGUAAUUUCAGUAAAAGAACAACAGAAAAUACGAGCCACAGGUGUAGAUCACUCAAUUCUAAAUUGAUCUGGCUAAAAUUUGUGAUGAUGAUAGAACUACUCUGAUGAUCCGCAAUAUCCCAAACAAAUACACCCAACCAAUGUUGCUAGAGAACAUGGACAUUAAUCAUAAGGACACUUAUGAUUUUUUUUAUCUUCCAAUAGAUUUUACUAAUAAAUGCAAUGUAGGUUAUGCAUUCAUUAAUUUCUUGCAUACCAAAUUUAUACCAAAGUUUUUUUUAGAAUUUCAGGGCAAAAAGUGGAAGCUCUUUAACUCAGAAAAAAUCUGUGAAAUCACCUAUGCCAGAAUCCAAGGUGUAGAAUAGUUAUAGGGUCAUUUCCAAUACUCUACGAUUAUGCAAGAAAAGGAUAACAGAUUAAAGCCUAUAUUUAAGAAAAAUAGAUCCGAUUAACAAUUUAUUAAAUGGAGAUGA